AUGUAACCUUAACCUAUAUAGAGAAAAGACUCUAUGGUUCCUUAAGGUACUUCAAUGUCUAUUUGUUCUUCAUUAUUGUUCAUGAUAGGUUAAUCAUGGUAUGAAAUGAAAAGAAGACCUUGUGGAUAUUGUGUAUCAUUUUUUAGUGUUUUGAUUGUUGUUGCUGCAAGCGCUGUUAGUUAAUCUAUAAUUGAUAGAGCACCUCUUAUAUUUUUAAAAUCAGCAGAAGGUCCAGCAAGUCAAUCUGAUAUUGCGUAAUUAACAAUUUAAGAUUAGGUUGUCUGCAAAUCCGAAUUAUUUAAGUGAAGAACAUGAUAAAUCUCCUCAAUAUUUGAUGUCUAUUUAUAGUAAUACAGCAAGACAAUAAGGAUAUCUUAUAGUUGACUUCCUAAACUUUACUAGAAUUAAUGAAGUAUUAGGACCAGAAAGAGCAAGUUAAACAAGUCCGAGAAUUCAAUAGUAAGUGAAUUUUACGAACUUAUAAAAGACAGGGGAUUGUGAGAAUGUAUAUAUUCAUUAUAUAUGAAAUAGGCAGUGAGUAAAGCAUAAUAAUUGUUAUCUAAAAGAUAGGAAUUCGGAAGUGAAGCUCAUUUAAAUGAUUUAAGAGAUGGGUAAUAAUUAGGUUAGAAAUGUGGAGGAUAAUAACCACAUCCAACAGCUAAAUUUGUAGGAAUAGAUACAUUGAAAGAAAAAGCAAUAGGAUUAGGUUGGGAAUAUCCAUUUGAUGAAUUGAAAGAAACUGAAGUAAUAAUGAGUAGGAAAUUAGCAGAGACAUAUAGAUUAAAUGUAGGAGAUUAUAUGUUAAUUUAUGGCGAAUUCUAUGAUUUUUAUGGGUCAUAUUAUAUCUCGAACUACUUUGAAUAAAUAGGUAGACAAUUUAAUUUAACUAAUUAUAAUGACACCUUUUUGAAUGAAGAAUUUUUAGAAAUGAAAAAAGCGACUUAAAGAUUUUAUUUAUAUUAGAUAAAAGGCUUAUUAGAAUCAACAUAUGGUAAAUUCCCAGAUGGUGAUGCUGAUAAAUUGAUAAUAGUUGAGCAUAAACACUUUUUUAAUAAUUUAGCAUAUUGGUCAUGGAAUAAACCUUUUUUAAAAGCAAUGUAUACUGCUAAUCCUGAGGAUUAUGUAGACGAAAUUAGAAUAAACAUUCCUAAUAGAUUCAAUAUAUACAUGGAUAGCAAUUAUGAAAAUAUAUAAGGAUAGAUAACAAAAUAUGCAAGUAAUAUAAGGAGAGAUUUGGGUGUUUAUCCAUGUAAUAUGGAAUUACCAGUAUUAUAACAAUUAUAUGAUACUAGAUUUGGUUAAUUAUUUUUGGGUAUCAUAUUAAAUAUGAUAAUUGUAAUAUUGUUUUUAUUAAGUAUCCUACUGUUAUAUACAUUAUUAUUGAUUUCAGUAGAGACCAAGACUUAUGAUUUAGGUGUGUUAAGAGUUUUAGGAUUUAAUAAAUUAGGAGUUGUAUUUUUAGUAUUGACUUAAGCAUUGAGUUAUGUAUUACCUGCGAUAGUAGCAGGGAUUAUACUUUCGAUUCCCUUUUUAUUAUAUGCUAGUAGUGCACUUAAGGCUUCAAUAGGAGUUGAAAUAGAAGCAAGCCCAACUACAAAUGCAAUAUUUAUGUCAUUAGGAUUAGGAUUACUAAUUCCUUUGAUUAGUUCUUAUGUACCAAUAAAAGAAGCAUUAAGUAAAUAAUUAAGUUUUGCAUUGGAUAUAAAUAGAUCAAAAUCAACUGCUGUAAAAAUAGAGGUGGAUUUAGAAGGUAAAUCAUUACCUUGGGGUAGAAUCUAAUUUGCAGUAAUAGCAUCUUUAUUUGGUAUUUGUGUUUAUUAUUUUUUACCAUUGGCUUUGUUAUCAUUCAAUAUUGGAUUACUAUUAUCAAUAUUCUUUUUUAUAUUAUGUGGUAUGCUUUUAGGAUUAGUAAUUUUCGCAUUUAAUGUUCAAUAUUUAGCAGAACGAUUCACUGUAAAAUUAUUUUUAUUUUGGGCAAGUUCAGCUAAGAAAACAAUGGUAUUAAAGAAUCUUGCUGCACAUAGAGUAAUUAAAAUAUAAUAAUAAUAAAAUAGAUAAAAAAUAGAAGAACAGCAUUGAUGUAUGCAUUAUCUAUAGCUUUUGUAAUAUUUAUUUUUGUUGGUAUGAGUGUAUAGAUCGAAAAUCAAGCAACUUAAACUCUUUAAUAGCAUGGUUGUAAACUUGAAAUAACAGCAUAAAAUGGUUAUUUGAAGGCAUUUGAGUUUGAGAAGAUAAUUGUAGAUUUAGGAGAUAAUAUAAAAGGUUUUGCUUGGAUAACAGAUUCUUUAGAUAGUUAUAUGUAAAAAUUAGGAUUUUAAACUGCUUAUAUGACUCAUUUAGGUUAAGUUUAUUAACUUCGACCUAAAAUUGUAGGUGUAUCACAUACUUUAUUUGAUAUGGGAUAUAAUUAAUUUUUAUAAAUAGAAGAUUAAAUAAACAGUUAAUUAAAUCCAGUUGAAUAAUUAUAUACUAGUAGAGGUAGUUAAAGUGCUAUGA